UUUUGCUUUACGCUGCUGAACAGGCGCUCCCAGUCCUUCAACUCAACAUGAUGUGCCAACCUACUUUAACUUCGCUUGUCGUUGCGAGCACUAAAUUCUAAUAGGCAGCAUGGGUAAACGCAAGAGGGCCCUCGCCUCGGAUGGCAGCAACGUCAAGGAGGGCACUCUCACCAAAAGGACCAAGCCUUCAGAUGAUGCGCCUUCCAUAGCACCUAUAAUCAUUCAGAUCAUAACCGGUUCCUACGAUCGCGUUCUUCAUGGUUUGACGGCCACGAUCUCUCCCGACGACCAGGUCGAGUUCGCCGAUACCUUCCUUUUCAACGCCCACAGCUCGGCGAUACGAUGCUUAGCAGUCUCCCCCCCUUCAGUCCCAGAGCCUGGGAAGAUCCAGAAGGUCAUGUUGGCGUCGGGCAGCAGUGACGAGAGAAUCAAUGUCUACCAUAUUUCCGCGCAUCCUCCCAGACGAAAAACCAAAGAUCUCCUAUCAUCCAUCGCCCCACGAAAAAUCCUUGAGAACCCUAAAAAUCGUGAACUCGGCACUUUACUACACCAUUCAUCUACGAUCACCAGUCUCUCCUUCCCCACCAGAUCCAAGCUCAUAUCAGCAUCAGAAGAUUCGUCGAUAGCUGUAACACGAACACGUGACUGGUCUUUACUAUCUACCAUCAAGGUACCAAAACCCAAACCACAGGGACGACCAAGCGGCGACACGGCGGCAUUGGAUGGGACACCCGCUGGUGUUAACGACUUUGCUGUUCACCCUAGCAUGAAGCUCAUGAUCAGUGUGAGUAGGGGGGAGAAGUGUAUGCGUCUUUGGAAUCUGAUGACAGCUAAGAAGGCUGGUGUUCUAAACUUUACCCGGGACAUGCUACAGCAAGCCGGUGAAACCAAACAUUCACCAGGCGAAGGUAGGAAGGUUGUCUGGGGUGCGACUGAAGAGGGUGAUGAGUUCUGCGUGGGAUUCGACCGAGAUCUCAUCGUAUUUGGUAUGGACAGUACACCCAGAUGCAGAGUAAUGCCAGAACCCAGGAGAAAAAUACACGAGUUUUGCUAUGUAUCAACGGACUCGAAAACCGAAUCUUCACUGCUCGCCGUCUCCACAGAGGAUGGAAAAAUUUUGUUUUUCUCGACAAGCAGCAAGGAUUUGUCAGCAGAAGCGCCACAUAUGGACAAAGAGGCCGGGAAGCUACCAGUAGCCAAGCUUAUAGCGCAAGUUGGCGGGAAAGAAGUCGGUGUUACUGGCCGAAUUAAAGAUUUCUCUAUAUGCAAAGUAGCAAGCCAGCAAGGCGAUAGCUUCCUCAUCGCUGCGGGCAGCAGCGAUGGCAAGAUCCGGCUCUUUAUGCUACCAGCUAAGGAUCUCACAGACGCAAGAAGCAUGAAGUCUGCCAAACAAAUUGGCAGGCUUUUGGGAACUUAUGAAACACAAAACCGCAUUACGUGUUUGAGUGCAUUUGUCAUGAUAACCCGCGAAGAAGGGGCAGAGGACAGUGAUGAGUUCGAUGACGAGGAAUUAGAUAAUAUUGAAGAUGACGAUGACGAGGAAAGCGGCGAGAAUGAGGAUAGUGAGGGUGAAGAUGAGGACGAGGAAUGAUAAGGAAAGCCAGAUAAGGAUCACAUGGAUGAAGUAUAGUUAUUUUGGUUCCUGGUCCGUGUUAGAUGACUCGUAGAUUCAGGUACACAAACCAAUGGUCACAGUACAAUGCAUUGUAAACCUUCACAUUCGGCUUAAAGAUCUACUUCAUCUUUAUCCAAUAUACAUAGAACAAACGAUCAACGAUGCUUAGCAGGCCGAUGUACGAAGUAUGCAGGAUCCGGUAUCUUUAGCUCAGCCUAGGUAGUUGGGGAAAGUAGUUGGUGGAGCUUUGGAGGAGUGCCCGUAGCCUAGAUUUACAGCUGAAGAACUAAGAAAUUUGUUGACACC